AUGGGCCGUCACUGGUUUGCUAAGUUUCCUCUCUCUCUUCUCCUUAGGGUGCUGCCACGUGUCUGGUUGGGCAGCUGCCCUCGACGGGUCGAACAUGUAACCCUAAAGCUGAAACAGGAACUGGGUGUUACAGCAGUGAUGAACUUUCAGACAGAAUGGGACGUCGUAAACAACUCACAUGGCUGCCGGCGUGACCUCAGUCAACCCAUGAGCCCAGAGACCAUGACACACCUGUACAAAGACUGUGGCCUUUCGUACAUCUGGAUCCCCACUCCAGACAUGAGCACAGAAGGUCGCACACAGAUGCUGCCGCAGGCCGUGUUCUUGCUCUAUGGACUGCUGGAGAACGGUCACACAGUGUAUGUUCACUGUAACGCAGGAGUGGGUCGUUCCACUGCGGCCGUGUGUGGACUCCUGAUGUAUGUGUUAGGCUGGAGACACAGGAAAGUGCAGUACUUCCUCACUGCCAGAAGAGCGGCAGUCUAUAUCGAUGAAGAAGCACUGGUGAGGGCCGAAAAUGACUUUCAUGUGAAGUUUGGACGACUCCGUCCAUCUGUCUGCAACCCAGAGACAUAAGAACAGCGCCCUCUACUGGAUGGGAGGACAUGGGGACUUCAGUUUAAUAAUGUGAAAGCAGUUAACACCAUUAAAAUAGAUUUCAAUAUUGUCACACAUUGAUUACUUAUAAUCCAGUGUUUUUAAA